CAUCGCUAACUUAUUUCCUGAUUAUGAAACACUACCUGAAAAAAAAAGGGCGGUCGAGCGAGCCACGUUUAACGUUCGGGUAUUGAACAAGCAUAAUCGACAUUCUAGUUGUACCGUUCUUCAAUUGUUUCUGUCAGCCCUUACUUGACUGAUCGAAGGUGAGAAGCAGAUCAGACGGUCUUGGACCUUGGCUGAGAAACGGUGGUCGGUUAGUAAAUUGCGGUAGGUCUGUUGAAACGUUACGAUCACGAUGAAGUUUUUCGUUACCUGCUGGGCUUGUUUGGUCCUGGCCUUGGUCGAAGGAAACGAGAAUCGUGGUCAACCCCAAAGACAUCAAAGUUUAUCGGAUUCUAUCCGUUUGCUGGACGUCACGAGGGGCGUGUUAAGGAAAGUCACGAAAAUUGGUUUUCUGUCCAGACUUCCUUAUGUCGAGUGGAUCGUGCAAAAGCUGGACACUGUCCAUUUGUACGUCUCGGCUGGCCAAGCGCUGGCCGCGAAAUUAGAUCCCGAUUUGCUGGAAGCCUUGGCUGGCGUUGCUGGAAGUGGGAGAAGAGAGCGGGAGGAACGCAGGAGCACGAUGAAUGAUUACAUCUUAAAUUGGCGCUACAAACCUGCAGCAAUUCCGGCCUACAUCCGCAAGAAAUCGAAACCGAUCGAUGAUCUGGACGAAGAAAUAGACGAGGACUUCUCCGCCAGUCACAGUAGUCACGACAGAGGCUACUAUGGCGGAGGGCAUGGCGGUGGGUACGGAGGGGGAGGCUACGGCGGAGGAGGUUAUGGCGGUGGAGGCUAUGGCGGCGGAGGAGACUACGGUGGUGGUGGUUACGGUGGAGGCGGACAUGGUGGAGGCGGACAUGGUGGAGGAAGCUAUGGAAUGGAUUCUUCGGGCAAGGCCUUUUCUAUUUUGGGAGGCCUUUCCUUCCUGACCUUCUUGGGCGUGUUACUCUACCAGCUGGCCACUCAGAGCGCCGCUACAGGUCGUGUAAUGGACGCGGACGCUCCUUUGUUCAUGUCCGAUUUUCACAACGUCGACCGUCUCUUGAUGGAAAACCCUCUACUAUUUACCAAAGACCUGAACGAUCCACCCUCAAUGACAACGGCCGAGGAGGAAAAUUCAGACAUUCUCGACCAAACGGCCGGUAUCUUUAACGGAUUAUGGCGGGCCCAUCAGCUCAAAACUCAGGUCGGACGCGGUUAUUCACGUCGCUGUACUCAGCGACGCAUCUGCGAGACGCUGACAGCCAACAAGGACGUCGCCUACGACCCUCUCGUUCAAAUAGCCACAAUUGGCAUGGCUUAUUGGCUGGGAGAACACGAUUCUGCUUACACGGUGGAUCGCGUUAUGCAAGCAGCGCUCGGAGUUGAUAGCGGUAACAAAUCGGCUGAUGGAUCAACGAUACUCGACUUAUGUUCGACCAUCGUGCCGAAAUGUCGGAGCCUUCAGUCAGCGCCGCUAAUGCUUUCAUCCGCCACUAAGGGAAGAUUGAAACCGCUUGCUGAUGACGACGCCACCGUCUCUACUCGGAAUGAAAUCACAUGGUCAUAAAAAAAAAAGCGGAUGACAAAUGAAUUCGAGUAGACUACAUUAUACUUCACUGUGCGUGCAUUUUUUUUUUUCUAACAAAAAAUAAAGAGGAAGGGAUAACACGAAAGGCCACUUUGAAUACUCUUUGUCGAGUCCGGUGAAGGGCAUGUCGGCAAGGCCUGUAGAUUGUCGUAGAUUGAGAGAAAAAAAAUAUCUUUCUUCUCCUUUUCCCUUUUUGUCGACAUCGUAUGAUACGUUUCCCAAUGAAAAUGCCGCUGGAUAUUUUUGAGAGAGAAAAGAAAUAUUGUUUUUAUGACCCUUCCCUCUGUCCCCUUAUGGCGUCAGAAAUCACCAAAACGCAUUCUUCUCUUCAAUUGUUUAUUGUAACAAAUACAAGUUGCAGACGAAGGUAAA